AUGCCGGAAUCAUCAAGUCAAGGGACCGUAACCCCACAACUACGCGAUUCAUCAGCAUCCAACUUGCCUGAAAAGAGCAGCAAGAGCAAGCAAGCAUCGUGUCAUACAUGCCGACGCCAGCGGCUCCGUUGCGAUGCCGCCAAGCCUAGCUGCCAGAAAUGUCUAGCCAGGGGCGUGGAGUGCCUUGGUUACGGCGCGCAAGCCAUUCUCUGGGUCCAGCCAAACGCGCCAGGUAAACCGGGAAACUCAGCUGGUGCUGCAACCCUUGUUGAGCCUGGCCAGCAGAGGACUGCCAAAGGUAGAAAGAAGGGGAGGCCGAAGCUGGUGCUAAUGCCAAAGGUCCAAAAUGAGUCAAAUGGGUCAAAUCAGGUGUCAUCGCGCUCGCAAUCGCAAUCACAACUUCACCGCGACGCAAAAUGGGUGGUUGUGAAUAAUGAAGAGGCCAGAGACCGCAUGAGAUCGUUGGUGAAGAGAAAGCAGACGGUUUCGUCUGGUCUGACUCCCGUGGGAUAUUACAAUGACUCCUUAGCGUUGUCCAUGCUUGAGUACAUGAACCAGUACAUCGUAACUGACAUGGUGCUCCUUGACACCGGAACCAACCCGCACAGGAUCCCCCUCCAGUAUUGGAGAUAUUUCCCAGACGUUGCCAUGGAUAUGAUCAUCUCGUGCUGUCUUACACACCAGGUUAUUCGGUGUCACGCCACGCAGGACAGUUUCCCGUUGACAUUCGGAAACGCUGGGAACAAACUCGUUCCAAUCACAAAGCACCGUAUGGCCUCGUUUCAGAACCCUUCUAUCAGCAACAUCUUCAAACAUCAGCAACGCACACUGAAACAACUUGGUGAGGAUCUAAACGACAAGGAACUUCGCUAUAGUGAUGCUAUACUUGGGACAAUUAUUACGUUGAUGAGAGUUGAGAUACAACAAUCCGCAUUUGGGGCAUGGCCGACUCAUCUUCACGCGGCGAGGACUAUUGUUGCCGAUCGGGGAGGAUUCAGGAAACUACUCCCGGAUGAAGGAGCAUUAAUGGGUGAAGCCUUGACAACAUAUAUGCUCAUGGACAUCCUCAGUGCUAUAUUCACCCCUGGAACGAUGCUAAAUCCUCAUGACACAGUUUCGCAGCUCGAGUACAUACCUUUGUUAGACGUGUCAUAUAAAAAUGGCAGUAAUUCCGACUUUCCCUGUGCAAACCAACUCCUCGAGUGUAUCAUUCGAAUCAAUCACGCACGUCUCCUCGCUCAAAGCUUCAUGGGAGACAGUCCAGAUAUAGAUAUGACCGCUGCUCAAAUAUUUUUCCGCAUCGUGUCUUUUGAUCCUGCAUUCUGGUCUCGAACCCAAUUACGAGAACUCCUUCUCUCACCACCCAGCUUAAAGCUUCCUUCUGAAGCGUCCUCGUCCUCCUCAUCUUCGUCAUCAUCAAGGGAUGAGGAAAGCACGCUUCGAACGGCAGCUGAUGCGCUACCUAUUACACAUGCCACUCUGCACAGUAUGGCUGAAGACUUGGCCAUAGCAUUUCAAUGCGCCAUCAUGCUGUACUGCAUCCGAACUCUAUACUUAGAUUGUGGCAAAUCCAUCUCAGAUGUAUUUGCAUCUCCGCUCGCGGCAGCUCUUCUUUCUCAAGGAAAACUUGUCAUUGAUGUUGAAAAUCCGCAUCAGUCAGUCUUGGAUGGACUUUUGGGAGCACUACACCGGCUCUGGGCGACGGAAAAGAGUAGUGGAAGCGCGUGGAUCGGCAAGCUAUCCUUCUGGCCACUUUGGGUAGCCGGCAUGGAAAUGGAUCCGGGUGCGAAAAUGGCACACGAAAGAGUCUUUGUUUGCGCGUCGUUGCAUAGAUUGUGCUACUACCUCGGGGCAAUGGGUCCUUUGGAUGCCGUCUCUGCCCUACAGGUAGUCUGGGCAAGGACCGCAGUUCAAAACGGCGAGGGCCAGCAAGCCACCUGGGAUACUCGAUUAGUGAUGCCAGGGAUACGUGGUGUAUUCUUUUUCUGA